CUUAGUCUCCUAUAAAUUACUGCUGAGUUUGGAAAUGCAUUUCAAUCUCGUUGUCAAGCAGACCUCAACCAAAGAAAUGAACCAACUUUCGUCAUUUACCGGUGGAUUAGAACUGGGAAAUUUAGUGGUUGGUUCUAAUUUACUCUGUUUUUCGUGGGCUGCAAUCUCUGCUCUUCAAGCUGAACUGAACCAGUAUCAAGAUCAGCAGUCUUUAUCUCUGAGAUGCAGAGUUUAUAAACGAGCAAAUUAUACCAUUGUUGCUUUGAUAACUUCACCUUCUUGUACGAUUCAUCAUCUUCACCAGCUAGGGGGAGAUUUGGUUUCAUCUGAAACUCUUAAGGAAAAUAACUUUACUCUGUUUGAAUUUUUAUGUUCUAAAGGAAACCCAUCAUUCUCAAUUCAUAGAGCAGCAAUUACCCUCUUUUACCAAUAUUUAAGUGAUCUCUCUCAACUGAAAGAUCAGUUAGUCGAUUCAACCACUGGUCAAUUAUUAACAGACACUCCAUUGAUUAUUACUGGAAACUCUUUGGGUGGAUCAAUAGCUUCUUUGUUUAACUUAUGGCUGCUAGAAAGUAUCGAUCGAUCUUCCACCAGGCGUCCUCUAUGCGUCACAUUUGGUUCACCUUUGAUUGGCAACUUAGGCCUUCAAGGAGCCAUUUUAGAGCGACCUACAUGGAAUUCUUGCUUCUUUAAUGUGGCUGCCAAUCAAGACCCAGUUCCAAGCCUAUUUGUCCCAUCAAUCUCUCCUCAACCUUUAGCCUCAACUCCACAAACUGUUCUUUAUAGGCCUUUUGGUCCAUUUCUCUUAUGUUCUGAAUCAGGAUGUACUUGUGUUGAUGACCCUGAAGUAGUUUCUCAUUUAUUAGAAGUAAUGGGUUUGGAAAGUAGAAGAAGUCAAGUUUCUGCUGAAUAUGGAGCAUUAGUGGAGAAUCUAAAAGAAAGAUUUAUCUUGAGAGGAAGUUCAUUGCUUGGUAUAUCGGGCAUGGAUGCAGGCAUAUUUCUACAGCUAGAAGCAAUUGGAGAUAAAAGGAUCCAGCAGCAACAGCAGCACGACAUGGACAUUGCUGACUUGAUUAAAAAAUUGAAACAUAGGGAAAGAAUUUGUGUUUUAACUAAAAGGAAAGGCUUGAAUCGGAGCAGAAAACUAAAUGAUAUAAAGAUAAAAAUGGCCUACCUAGAAUGGUACAAGAAGAGUUGCAACACUAUCCCAAAAAAAAACAAGAAGAGUUUCAAGGCUGACUUAAUAGGUUACUAUGAUAGUUAUAGAGACCUUCUUCAGUGUCAUGACAAAAAGGUUACUAUGUAUAAGAAAUUUCUUACAGCAUAUUGGGAAGACAUGGUGGAAGAAGCCGAGAAAAAGCCUCACAAAGAAGGAUCAUUCUUACUUCUGACCUGGCUUUUUGCCGGAACAAAUUAUAGAAGAAUGGUUGAACCUCUUGAUAUAGCAGAGUACUAUAGAGCUGGCAAAAGAAACUACGAGAGUCAAGGAAGGUCUAAACAUUACAUUCUAUUGGAGAAGUGGGCAAAAGAGGGUGCAGAGAAACCUGCAAGUGCUCCAACGAACAAAAAGAAACAAAAUGUGGCUGGUAUAUUGACAGAGGAUUCUUGCUUCUGGGCAAAGGUGGAGGAAGCUCUUAUUUCAAGUGAAUUGUUGAAAGAUGCAACAUCCAGUGUAAUAGACAAACAGUCAUCAAGAGAGUACCUAAUUAACUUUGAGGCUUAUCUAAUGGAACAAAUCAAGAACUAUGCAGUAUCUCCAGAGAUUUUCUUGCAAAAAAGCACUUUUAUGAAAUGGUGGAGUGGGUUUCAGGAAAUUGCCUCUAAUGCUUUACUCAUUGACUUUAUGAAGAAUUGCAGAUAUGUCCAAUAUGAGAAAGGAUGCUUUUAGCUCUCACGCUGAACCUAGAGUCCUAGAUUGUACUUGGUUGAUCAAAAUAAAUAUGGGUGUUUAAUCUCAGAAUUGAGUGAUAUGAAAUGUCUAUGUGAUGAUCUCUCUUUCCUUUCCUCUUUAUCUAUUCAAUCUGUUUUUUAAA